GCCCAAUUGCCCAAGUCCAAUAUGCUAGUAAAAAUGUAAAAUUAGGUAAUCCUGCCUCAUCCUCUUCGCAAGCAACUAAACAGAGCAAGCCGCUGCGGACUUGCGGAGUGCGGACAAUGCUGAAAAGCUGAAGGGAGCCGUCUAUCCGUCGCCUACUAUCAGCUACGCCGUCAUCCUCCGUCUACAUAUCAGCUACGCCGUCCUUUGCCGUCGUCCUCUGUCUAAAACUAGACGGCAUAUCUUUCUGUAAAGAUGAGAGGAGGAGGAAUGUGGAAACUUGGGCAAUCAAUUACUAGCCAUUGCUUGGUAGACAAGAGGACUAGUACUAUUGCUUGUAGGCGCUUUGCAUCUGAAACCAAUCUUCUGAAGAAAACCGUUCUGUACGACUUCCACGUGAAGAAUGGUGGCAAAAUGGUGCCAUUUGCGGGUUGGAGCAUGCCAAUUCAGUAUAAAGAUUCAAUUAUGGAGUCAACGGUAAACUGCAGGGAGAACGGCAGUCUGUUUGAUGUUUCACACAUGUGCGGUCUAAGUCUAAAGGGGAAAGAUUGCAUCCCGUUCUUGGAGAAGCUUGUCAUUGCUGAUGUGGCUGGACUUGUGCCGGGGACUGGAACUUUGACAGUAUUCACAAAUGAGACUGGUGGGGCGAUUGAUGAUUCGGUGAUCACCAAGGUCACUGAUAGUCAUAUAUACCUUGUUGUGAAUGCCGGGUGUAGGGACAAGGAUCUUGCACACAUUGAAGAACACAUGAAAGCUUACGCAUCUAAAGGGGGUGAUGUUUCUUGGCACAUCCAUGACGAACGGUCUCUUUUGGCUCUCCAGGGUCCACUUGCUGCCAUGGUCCUCCAAAAUUUGACAAAGGAAGACUUAAGCAAAAUGUACUUUGGUAACUUCAAGGUACUGGAUAUCAAUGGUGUUUCAUGCUUCCUCACAAGAACAGGGUAUACAGGUGAAGAUGGAUUUGAAAUUUCAGUGCCUUCUGAACAUGCAGUGGACCUGGCGAAAGCCAUUCUAGAAAGAUCUGAAGGGAAGGUGAGGUUAACAGGACUUGGUGCUCGGGACAGCCUUAGGCUUGAAGCAGGGUUGUGCUUAUAUGGCAAUGACAUGGACCAACAUGUAACACCUGUAGAGGCCGGACUUACAUGGGCCAUAGGGAAGAGAAGAAGGACUGAAGGUGGAGGCUUCCUCGGGGCCAAUGUGAUCCUGAAACAAAUAGCUGAAGGCCCGAAGAUCAGAAGAGUGGGCUUCAUAUCCUCUGGUCCACCGGCAAGAAGUCACAGUGAGAUCCAAGAUGAGGAUGGGCAAGCAAACGUCGGGGAAAUCACUAGCGGGGGGUUCAGUCCCUGCCUGAAGAAGAACAUCGCGAUGGGGUACAUAAAAUCUGGAUUACACAAAGCCGGCACUAGUGUGAAGAUUUCGGUUCGUGGGAAGCCUUAUGACGGUGUGGUUACUAAAAUGCCCUUUGUUCCCACGAAGUACUAUAAGCCACCAUCAUCUUAAUUUUCAUUUCAUAAUUAUUUUGAACUUCUUUACCUUCAGAGUUUCAUGCUUUUGAAAAUAAACAACACACUUGCCUGGAAUGCCUGCACAGAAGACCUGUGCUUUUGUAAUUUGUAUCUCCAUUUUGCCUUGCUGCUUAUAUAUCUUCCUCCCAAUUGUGCCGAUUUAUGCUCAAUGCCUUUACCCAUAAGAAACUGUUGUAUACUUGAUAACAAUGAUAUUUCAAAAUUUUCUCGUUGAUCAAUCUCUCUAGGUAUGUACUAUGUAGGCACGUAGGGC